UCUUUAAUGUAAUUGAAUGUAUGGGUUUUGGUCCUAAAUUUCUUAAACUUGUCAAAAUUUUGUAUAAUGACAUUAGAAGUUGUGUAAAGGUAAAUGGCCAUAUUUCGUUAUCUUUCCCGGUAUCAAGGUCAGUUCGUCAAGGGUGUCCAAUUGCGGCUUUGUUAUAUGUAAUGUCUGUUGAACCCCUUCGUUCUCUUAUAAUGUCUCAUCCUAAUGUUCGUGGAAUCCCGAUUCCGUUUUCCACUGUACCAUCGGUAAUUUAUCAGCAUGCUGACGAUGUAACCCUUACGUUGAAUGACCUUGAAUCAGUUAAUCAGGCCUUCGAGAGCAUUGAGGUAUACUGUAGCUUGUCCGGGGCCAAGGUUAAUGUUGAAAAAUCAGAACUUUUGAUAGCAGGCUCAGCCUCGUGUACUACUGAUAUGUUAAACAUGCCUCUUAGAAUUCUGAACGGUAGUAUGUUAAUACUAGGUAUUUAUCUAGGACCAAAUAAACUGGAAUGUGAGUCACUUAACUGGAACUCUAAAAUUGGAAGCAUUCCUUCUUCAUGGAAAGUAAUUAUUGCCUCAGAAUGUCAUGCGGUUACACCGUACACCAACUUUGGUGUGGAACAGCCAAGUGGUGAUGUUUUAUUGGUAUCAAGUUUUACGGCAAAAAAUUGCUAUUCUAUUUUAAGAAAUAAUCUCUUUGUAAAACCCUCAUCUUAUGUUUAUUUUAGUAGCCAAGGCUUUAAUCCCGACUGGCCGAAAGUGUGGAAAUCAGUUUACUGUAAUUUGAAAAGUUCGGAAAUGAUAGAUAAUGAUUUUUCUAUUUGCCAUAAUAUUGUUUGGACGAAUAGCAGGAAAUACGUCGCACAUGUUAUUGAGAGUCCACUUUGUACAUUAUGUAAAAGUAACGCGAGCGAAACAAUUAUUCAUGUUCUUUGUAAAUGUCCAUCUAUCAAGACAUUUUUAGAUGAAAUUGAAGAUAUUCUUUUAACUCUUUUGUUAAAUGUAGGGUAUACCACAGAGCAAUUUAUAGAAUGGUUGUUGUUUGGAUAUCCACUGUCUAGAUCUGAGUAUAGCCUAUUUCUUGUAUUGUUAUUUUCUACCGCAAGACUUUCUAUUAUAAAACGCCGAAGUAUGUGUAUAUCUCAGGCAAGAGAUGUUGAUCUUUUUUCAUUAUUUGUUCACACCUUUGAGUGCCAUCUUCAGUCAAUUUUGUACAAGUGUGGGUUAGAAACAUUUAUGAAUUAUAUGAAUUUUAACCGUUUUAUCAAAAUAAAUAACCGAAUAGUAACUUUGGAAUUUACAUAAUCUGUGAUUUUGUCAUUACAUGUUUGUUUAAUCCAAGAUAUAUUAUGAUAGAUAUUUGUAACGAAACUAUGAUAAAUGUGAUCUAUGAUAAAUGAUAACUGUGGUAUUUAUAAUGAAACUAGGAUAAAUGUGAUAUUUGUAAUGGAAACUAUGAUAACUGUGAUAUUUGUAAUGAAACUAUGAUAACUGUGAUAUUUAUAAUGAAACUAUGAUAACUGUGAUAGUUAUAAUGAAACUAUGAUAAAUGUGAUCUAUGAUAAAUGUGAUGUUUGUAA